GGGGAACAACUGUAAAUGCAAAAUGAAUAGUACAUUAGAGUGACAUUUUCUUUGUAAAUUUAGUUUUGUGUAACCUUUAUUUUGUAAAGGGGAACAACUGUAAAUGGAAAAUGAACAGUAGAUUAGAGUGACAUUUUCUUUGUAUACAUGAUGUGUUAUUUAUCAAACUAAAUGAUCCAUCAUUUUAACUGUCACACAGUGUUUAAAAGUUUUGAAAUGAUGAUUUGAAGGUAGUUUUAUCUGAACAAAAGACUGAGACAUUUUUAAGGGAUAGUUAAAAAUGAUUUCAAGAAAUAUAUCAUAUUUUGCAUUCUUGUACUUUUUGCAAGGAUUGCCUUAUGGUUUACAGUCAAGAUUUUUACCGCUUUACUUAAGAACUCAUGGAAUGUCAUUAUCAAAUAUUUCAUUCUUUAAACUGCUUCUCAUACCAUGGAUGUUAAAAGCACUGUGGGCGCCAUUUGUCGACAAAUAUGGAACAAAGAAGAAAUGGUUAUCGUACAGUAUGUUCGGACUAUUUACGACUUGUUUAUUAGGAAUAUUUUCAACACCUAAUCAUUUGUAUGGAUUAGCCCUGGUUCUAUUUCUGUUUAAUUUUCUAACCGCCACUCAAGAUAUCGCUGUCGAUGGAUUAGCUGUACAAAUUUUAGCGACUUCUGAACUUGCCGCAGGGAAUAUUGCUCAGGUUGUGUGGUAUAAAAUUGGUGCAGUUUUUAGUGGUGGACUUUUAAUUUGGCUGACAGAGACAUUUAAACUGCGUUGGGGAACUAUUUUCUUGAACGUAGGAAUAUUUUACUUUUGUGCCUUUGUGUUCGUAACAAAAGUAGUACCCUCUGUGAAAUUUAGUCAACUUGAGAUGGAAAUAAUGCCAGGCAAAAAUGAAGAAAACCAAGAAGAAAAUAUUCCUACAUCAAAGCAAGAAAAAGGAACUUCAAAGCCAAGAAAUGAGAGACAUUGGUUACUAGAACACUUUAAAGCUGUGUUCAGCUCAAAAGAAACGAGAUGGACUCUUGGAUAUGUUUUGAUUUACAAAUUAGGAGAGCAGGGGUCAUUGUCAAUGGUACCAUUAUUCCUGGUGGAUCAUGGAAAUUCAGCUUCGACCGUGGAGUUCUGGACUGGCAUAGUAGGACAGGCCACAUCUAUAUUUGGCUCGUUACUUGGUGGUUGGCUGGUCUCGUGGUUUAAAAUAAGUCCAUACAGAGCCAUUCUUGGAUUUUCAUUGGUCAGAAUUCUCUGGCUACUACUGUUGAGUGCUACCAUUAUCUCAUGGCCAGUGGGAGAUGUUCAUGGCGAAAAUAAACUCAUGUUUGGAAUCGUGGUGCUACUAAUGUGUACCAUGUUGCUAGGCAGUGGAGUCGUCACAACAACGACCUUCACCUUGAUGAUGUACUGUUCACAAAGGUCACCAAGUGCAAUUCAGGCCAGCCAUUACACUACCAUGGCAACCGCAGAAGUCCUGGGCAAACUGACUUUCUCCGUUCUGAUUGGUUCAUUUGCUGACACAUUUGGAUACUCUUUGGCUUUUCUGUUGUUUGUUAUAUUGGCUGUUUUGGUCUUGCCUGUUUUAAUGAAUUGUCCAUUGAGUUUGAGAGAAAUGUUGAACAAUACUGGAAAUAAAAGCAAUAGAAAAUGAUACUGAUCUUGAUUAUUGAGUUCAUUUACUAGUGAGAUGUAAAAUGAAAAUAAGAUGCAUGUUUGUUAAUGAGUGACAGUUAAAACUCUUUAAAAUACAUGGUUCGUCCGUGCUGCACAUCUUGUCAGCCCCAUGUAAUAGUAAAAUAGAACAUGAAUGUACAAAGGUUACAACUUACGGUGAAGGUGUAAGAUCCCCAUUACUUUGAGUCUACCAUUUUCUACACUACAGUCAUUAAUUUUGCAUGAAUGUGUUGGCCAAGUUUUGACCAAAUUCCUCUUUUC